CCUGGUUCGCUUGUUCAGAGAAGGAUUCAUCUACUAUUGAUUGAGACACCGGUGCCGGAAGGGGAGUGAGUCUAUUCGCCGAGCAAGUUUGAAGAGGGCAUUUACCAGUCUGGGGUCAGACGACACAGCAGGCAUUCUUUGAGAAACUGCGUUUAGAAAAGACUUAUCUUUUUGAUCAAGAUAUGGCGUCUCUGCCGGUUCGUCAGCGAGAGGAAGGAGAGGCGAGGGUUGGCGAGGAUGGCUUCAAGGUGUUUGGCGGCGAGAUGAAGAAGGACUUUUUGUUUGCUCCCGGGUGGACGAACCUCAACCACGGCUCGUACGGCACCAUCCCCAGGGCCAUCCAAGCAAAACUGCGCAGCUACCAAGACGACAUUGAGGCUCGUCCCGACCCCUUUAUCCGCUUCGAGCACGCCCGCCUGACGGACGAAUCCCGCGCCGCCGUCGCGGGCGUGCUCAACGUCCCCGUCGAGACAGUCGUCUUCGUCAACAACGCGACCGAGGGCGUCAACACCGUCUUCCGCAACAUCAAGUGGGACGCCGACGGCAAGGACGUGGCGCUCUGGUUCUCGACCGUGUACGAGGCGUGCGGCAAGGCGAUUGAUUUCCUGUACGACUACCACGGGGACGGACGGCUGUCGAGCCGGGAGAUUGAGAUUGCGUAUCCGAUCGAGGACGACGAGAUCCUGCGGCGCUUCCGGAGCGCGGUGGAGCAGGUCCGGAGCGAGGGGAAGCGCGCCAAGAUUUGCAUCUUUGACGUGGUGUCGUCGCGGCCGGGCGUGGUGUUUCCCUGGGAGCGCAUGGUGGCUGCGUGUCGCGAGCUGGGCGUGCUGAGCCUCGUGGACGGCGCGCAGGGGAUCGGCAUGGUGAGGCUGGAUCUCGGGGCCGCGGAUCCGGAUUUCUUCGUGUCGAAUUGUCACAAGUGGUUGUUUACGCCGAGGGGUUGCGCGGUGUUUUACGUGCCUGUGCGGAAUCAGCCGUUGUUGCCGUCGACGCUGGCGACGAGUCAUGGGUAUGCUUCGUUGACGGGGAAGAGGAGGGCGCCGGCGGGGAAGCAUGAAGAUGAUGAUAAUGAUGACGGUUCUUUGAAGAAGAGCGCGUUUGUGAGCAACUUUGAGUUUACGGGGACGAGGGACUAUACGCCGAAUUUCUGUGUCAAGGAUGCGGUUGCGUAUCGGAGGGAUGUGCUGGGUGGGGAGGAGAGGAUUUUGGAGUAUCUGUGGGAUUUGAAUAAGAAGGGGAGUAGGCUUGUUGCGGAGAGGCUGGGCACGGAGGUGUUGGAGAAUAAAGAGGGGACGUUGACGAACUGCGCGAUGGCGAACAUUGCCAUGCCUCUGUGGAAGGGCGAGGCAGGCAAGGAGGGGGAUGUUGUUGUGCCUGAGGAGGAUGGGGAUCGGGUGGUUGUGUGGAUGAUGAGCACGAUGGCGAAGGAUUACAAUACGAUUGUGCCCAUGUUUUGGCUCGGGAAGAGGUUCUGGGUGAGGAUCAGUGCGCAGGUGUAUUUGGAUUUGGGAGAUUAUGAGUAUGGCGCGGAGACGUUGAAGAAGUUGAUUGAGAGGGUUGGCAAGGGGGAGUAUAAGGGUGGCCAGAAGAUUUGA